AUGGGUGCUGACGGUGGAACCAUUGCCAAAAGGCAAGAUUUAUUAUCAUCAUUGACAAAUAGAACCAAUGGAGAUGCACAAAGAGGUGAAGAUAAAGAAGAGGAUUUAAUCAAAGUAUGCCAUCUUUCUAGUCUACCUCUUUAUAAUAAUGAUCCUAUAGUUAGUGAUUACAAGGGCAAGUUGUACAUCAAAGAGAAACUACUACAAUACUUAUUGGAUAUUAAAACGAAUAAACACAGUGUUAAAUCGGAAUUUUCCCAUAUCAAACUGCUAAAAGACAUCUGUCCAGUAACAGUAUCAUGGACGAUCAUUAACAAAGAACCAUUCAUUGAAUGCCCAGUGACCAAAGAAGUUCAAAAAUCUUACUUGUACCUACGAUCAUGUGGCUGUUUGAUUUCCAAAAAGGCGUUGAACGAGUUUUCAAAAACCAAAACAGAGAAGAAAUGUCCAAAUUGCAAUGUCGAUUUCUGUGAUUUCGAUAUUGUAAUGCUUGAUCCAUUAAACUUGAAGAAAAAUAGUGAUAUCAAUGAAGAAAACAUACUGAUCUUAAGACAAAAGGGCUUGUCACAUUCAAAAUUACCAUUAAAAAAGCCUAAAAAGAAAAAGAUCCAUGAUGAAGACGAAUUUAUUAGGAAGAGGAAAUUACCUGAUGAGAUUGCCAGUGCUAGAAAACGAAAGUCUACAGUUUCCUGA